UUCGCUGUCAAGAGGGUGGAUGCCAAGAGCUGAUGGGGGUUGGAGGUUGUGUGUGUCCACCGGGAGAGUGUCAACGGACCCAGCCGUGGACGGACGGAGAUGACCUAGAGGCCUUACAGAUACAUUUGUGCUUUCGUCGCUCUAAUCUGCAUCCGCAGAAAACGGCAAGAUCUGGAAGCACACUUGUUUCCUCCGUGGGUAAUAUCUACCUCAGCCAGCAGACGGGGAAYACACCGGGACGCUGCUGGGAGACUUCAGACAGGCAGACAGAGCCAACAGCUGGCCGCGCGCUCACUGCCUGCAGCGUCCUGCUUUGUGAAAAGGAUUUGAGACGGACUGGAUCUGUCUGCCUUUUUGCUUCCCACUGAAAACAAAACAGUCGCAUCUUCUGACUCCAGAAUUUAUUCGCUUUUUUAAGAAUUGUCAUUUUCCCCUUUGUGCUGUUGACCAGUGUGUCUUUUUCCAUGGAUGCAUUUUUUUUUUUGCUUUUGGCUUUUAAACGAGUUUUCUACUUUUACUAGUGUAAAGCUGGUAUAAGAUUAUAUAUGUAAAUACAUAUGUGAAUGUUGUAUACUGUMUUAGAAAUAUUUUUCCCAUUCUGAAGGAAAGUUAAUGCACUUUAAAACUUUGCUGUGAUACUUUUCCUUCUCUAUUAUGAUAGUUUUUUUUGAAGCUGGAAACCGAGAGGCUGGGGUGUGUCUUGUUCUCUAAGCCAGGCAUGAAGAAUCUGCAGCAGGGCUGCAUGUAAACAUUUUACUCAGCCUGUCGGCUUUCAAUCACACUUUUUUUAAAAUUUUUUUUUUAUUGCCACUUCACAAGGCACACUAAGAUGAACCUCUGGCAGGUGGAAUCCUUGAGCUGUCUCUCGACUUAACUUGACCAGUUGAAGGACUCUCGGACUGAGUGUUUUUGUGAGACCGGCCCAGACUGCUUUCUGUGGGAAACAGACGACGAAAGACAGGAGCUUCCGGUGCUGUUGCACCACCUAUGUAUUGUUGUAGUGCACAGGAAAGUAAAAUGGACUACAAGCGUCGCUUUUUGCUUGGCGGGUCCAAGCAGAAAGUGCAGCAGCACCAGCAGUACCAGAUGCCUGAGCUGAGCCGGACCCUGAGCGCCUCUCUGACUUCUUCACCCAUGGGCACUGGGGUGGGCAUUCCUGGCAGCUGCCACCCACCUGGCUCUGGCACCACGACCGCUGUUGCCGACAUCCAGCAAGGCAUCUCCAAAUAUCUGGAUGCUCUCAACGUGUUCUGCAGGGCCAGCGCCUUCCUUACAGACCUGUUCAGCAGCGUGUUCAGGAACUCUCACUAUUCCAAAGCAGCUAUGCAACUGAAGGACGUGCAGGAACACGUCAUGGAGGCGGCCAGCAGGCUGACUGCAGCAAUAAAGCCUGAGAUUGCCAAGAUGCUGAUGGAGCUGAGUGUCGGGGCCGCUAACUUUAAAGACCAGAAUGACUUCAGCCUGCAGGAUGUUGAGGUGCUGGGUCGGUGCUUCGUCACAGUGAUGCAGGUCCAUUUCCAGUUUCUUUCACAAGCGUUGCAAAAGGUCCAGCCUGUGGCCCAGAACUGCCUGGCAGAGGCUCUUGCACAGGCUCAAGAGCGCUGCGUCAACUCCCGCUCCCAAAACUCCGACCUCGGGCCUCUAACGGAGCUGGAAGAAGCCUCUCGCUCAUGGAAAGGUGCAGCUGAGGCCACAGCGAGGCUGAGGGAACGGGGCCGGGACAGCUGCCUGGCUGGCCUCCAGGUUCAGCAGCUCUUCUGCUCCAACAACACCACCAUCCCUGAACAUCAGCUGAAGGAGCUCAACAUGAAGAUUGACAGCGCAUUACAAGCUUACAAAGCAGCUCUAGAAAGCCUGGGUCAUAGUGAGUAUGCACUGAAGGCAGGUUUUCAUUUCAACCCCAAAGCUGUGGAGGCAGCCUUACAGGGCUGUUGCAGUGAGGCUGAGGCUCAGCAGGCAGGCAGGAGGCAGACCACCUCCCAGCCCAUCCAGUGUGAACUUCCCACCAUACCUGUGCAGAUUGGCUCUCACUUCCUUAAAGGGGUCUCCUUCAACGAAUCAGCGGCGGAGAACCUCAAACUGAAAACGCACACAAUGCUUCAGCUCAUUAAAGAGCUGCUGGGACAGAACGGAAUGACCCCCAGGGACGAGUCUCCAGUCACAGAAGUCCUCAAUCAGGUUUGCCCAUCCAGYUGGAGGGGAGCCUGUAAGACGGCUGUCCAGCUGCUGUUUGCCCAAGCUGGUCUGGUGGUUGUUGAUACGGCUCAGAUAGAGAAUAAGGAGGCCUACGCUCCCCACAUCACUCUGGAGGGAUCCAAGGUGGUGGUCCAGGUUCCUUCAACAUGGUGUCUGAAGGAGGACCCGGCCACCAUGUCCCUGCUCCAGCGAAGCCUUGAUCCAGAGAAGACCCUCGGACUGGUAGAUGUGCUUUACACAGCCGUGUUUGACAUCAACAGAUGGAAAGAGAGAAAGGAGCAGGCCUUGCCGACCAUUCAGAUCCAGCUGCAGCGUGAAAGCCCAGAAUACGGUGGYCAGGCGGACAUGCCUACGGGCACCAGCUCCAAAACCUCCAGUGGCUUGCCAAAAACGAUAUCUAAACUGACUUCCAAGUUUGCCAAGAAGGUCUCAUCUAGCUCCAACAGCGGAGGCAGCUAUUCCAUCCCCAGCACUCCAUCCCGCAGCAUGCUUUCAACCAGUAGCUCGGACGACAAGGCCAAGGGCCUCGGGCACAACGACGGGAGGGUACAGAGUAUUCUACAGAUGGGCGGCUUGUCCAGCACGCCUGACGCCACCCAGCAAAACCAGCUGGCUAAUGGCUCGGUAUCUGAUGACCAGGGGAAGAACCUUCCCACUGACCAAGAGAUGCAAGAUGUCAUCGACUUUCUCUCAGGAUUCAACAUGGGCAAAUCCCAGCAGGCGUCACCCCUGGUGAAGAGGAGGAACUCUGUGGCCUCUGCUAACCCUGCGGAGCUGAAGCCGCCGAGUGGCCACCCACCCGCUUCCCAGUCCAUUUCCUACACUGCUCUACAGACGCCGUCUAACUCCCUAACUCAGCCGCCUCCGUCGGUGCAGAAGCAACAGACUCAGCCUCAAACCCAGCCGCCCCCAUCCCAGCAGCAGCAGCAGCCUCCUCCGCCUCAGCAGCCUUCCCCUCCUGCCCUGCAGUUCUACCAGCACCUCCUGCAGCCCAUCACCCAGCAGCAAGCUCCUCCUUCCCAGCUGCCACCCCAGCAGACCCCACCACAGGUUCUACCACAGCAGAGGGUGCCUAACAAAUGGCUUGGCACCUCGGGGCAACAGCCUGCAGCACAAGGCCCCCCAGCAGGACUGUCCCCCUUAGGUCCCAUCAGCCAGUGGGGGUCCCCAGGGCUGUCUGACCUGAGUUCAGACCUGUACAGUCUGGGCCUGGACAGCACCUACAUGGAGACCGUUAUCUCGGCCAUGCUGGGUCAGAAGCCACAGGGGCCCCGCAACAAUACUUGGCCCAACAGGGACCAGAGUGAGGGGAUGUUUGGAGUCCUGGGAGACACAAUGCCCUUCGACCCAGCAGUUGGCUCUGACCCAGAGUUUGCACGUUACGUUGCCGGCGUCAGUCAAGCCAUGCAGCAGAAAAGGCAGGUGCAGCACAUCCGUCGCCCCAGCAACACGCGCAGCAACUGGCCGAUGCCUGAUGAGCAACACAGAACCUGGUCCCACCCAGAGUACUUCAGUGAGGGGGAGGCCGUAAACAGCAGUUGGUCGGCCAAUCAGGGAGACUCGGCCAGCUCCAGUGACGAGACUUCAUCAGCCAAUGGGGACAGCCUGUUCUCCAUGUUUUCCGGGCCGGACCUCGUAGCAGCGGUUAAACAAAGGAGGAAACACAGCUGUGGUGAGCCAGAGGUGUGCACCCUGCCUUCACCYCCUCUCCAUCACAUUGGUGACGAUAACCAGGACAGCAAAACUAAAACCUGGCCCCCGAAAGCGCCGUGGCAGCACACCACCCACACCCACACCAUGCCCAAUCCCAGCUCUUCCUUGUACCAGAUGAACCUGCCUCCUUCCUCCCAGUGGAGCGACUCCAUGCAGAUGCUGCAGUCRCCCGUGUGGUCGACCGCCGGCGACUGCUCCGCCUCUGCCGGGAUCUCCUCUGGUUUUCCCUUCACCCAACAGCAGCAGCAGCAACAACAACAGCAACAGCAGCAACAACACAAACCCAUGACCAAGGGCUUCAAAUCCUUCCCCCUCAAACACGAGCAUCGGCCCUCCUACCUUCACCAGUACUGAUCRAACGAGUCCAAAGUAACGUGCCGCCGAGGAUCUGCAGCUCCAGUCAUUAAACUCCACACCCACUGAAUUGGAAGAAUUUGUAAGCCUCAGAGGCGACGUUAAGUACACACACUGGCUCAGCAUUUUUGUAUUUAUAUUUUUCCAUGUCAAACAUCUCCACAUUAAAAGAAGAGAAAGGCGUAUUUUGAUGUUUUCUGAACUGCCAUCUUUUAAACUUUGAACGGUGCAUGUGUCAUUCUGGCAGCAGUUAGUCUAGUGGUUGUUUCUCUGUCCUCAGACAAGAGCUGGAGACGUGCACGGCCGUCACCCACUUGCUUCUGCAGCUGCGUGCGUGUGUGUGUGCGUGUGUGUGAGAGAGAGACUAGAGGGGAGAGGAUUACGAGAGGGCAAGGGCUUGGAAUGCUCUCAUUUCUGCCCAUAAUAAGUAUACUGUGUCUACAUAGCUGUAACUGCCAAAUCUCAUGCAAGAUGACUCGGAGUACAGCUAGCAUCUUACUGUUUCAUAGCUUGUAAAAUACUGAAGUUGAAAUAUAAAUAUUUAGUUCUUUUUAUCAAGAGGCUUUGAGCAGGCUCAGCAUAAAUAAAGUAAGCCACUGCAGAGGUGGAAUUUGAGAGAAAUACACUACUUUUACAUCAACUGACCAGAGUUCAGAGUUAUAGCUGUAUCUAUGUGCCAUGUUGGUAUUGAUAGCACUUGCAGAUUAUUUUCCAACCAAAGCGUUGUUCAGAGGACGAAUGGUGCUGAGGAGGCGUGCUUAUUGACGAACAUGAAGUUUAUUUCCUCCUCUCCAAUUGGCGUUUUUUUUUCUUUCCCUUUUGCUCAGAAAUAAAAAU